AUGGUGGACUGGAUUAGUCUGGCCGUACCUCUCGCCUAUCUGGGUGUUCUGAUCGGCUCUCUUGCCACCUUUUCUUCCCUGUAUCGGAAGCGCAAGGCUCACCCUCCCCCGCCCUCUUCGCUCUAUUUAGAAAAAGCUGCCAGCCUGGAAUCAUGGUUCCCCGCCCACAUCCAACGUGACAUUUACUUCUCACUCAUGCAUCUGGAUCCUCCCGCCGAGAAGAAGUCCCCCGUGGUCCCCGAAUCCGUCCUCAAGGCCUCUCUCCUCCGCCGCGCGACAGAAGACAUCCGCCGCGUGAUGACGCUCCGCUCCCAAAAACAAGCUCUGGGAGUUCUCCUCCAACGUGGCAGUGUCGGCGAUGAUCUCUGGCAGCGCUUCCUUCGCGCAGAGAAGGAGAUGGAGGACGAAGUCCGCGAUGUUGUUUCCGAAGCCAACGCCUACGUUCCUGGCUGGGGCCAGGUUAUCUUUCAAUCGGCCAAUGAAAUGUUGAACAAUGAUCUGUACCGCGCGCGCUUGAAUGAGCACAGUCAAAAGGCCGUCGAGGAGCGCGCCUGGUGGGACAAGAAGAAGUCUACUAUUUCGGAGGAGUUCAUGAAGGAGUUGGAUCAGGAGAGCGCGGGCGCUGGGGCGAGUGCGGGCGAUGUUUCGGGUAGCGCUUCUGCGUCCGCGUCUGUGGCGGGAUCCGUGACUACAUCUCGGCCGGUCACCCCGGCGAGGCCCAAUGCUCCGACGUCGGCGGUCAACACGCCCUCUGUCCAGGGAAGCGAUGACGAUGCGGUCUUGGUGGAGGCGGAAUCGUCGGUGAACAGUCCUGGUACUCCGGGCUCUGUGAGUGGGAAGAAGAAGAACAAGGGCAAGGGCAAGAAAUAA